CUCUCCAACCAUUUCUUUAGUUCAAGUUUUUCAAAUUUAUCCUAAGUCCCUUCAAACAGCACAAAGUGGAAGCCUAUGCUGGGAUCUGAGACGAAGAGGUCAAAGCAGCUACAUCUGGACGUAAUUUUACUUUAAAUUCUUCUUUAAAAGUUCUGCUUAUUUGCAUUCUUCUGCGUGGAGAGAAAAGGUAAUUUACACUGACUCACCGAGAAGAGCAACGCUUCUCUCAGACGGGGAUCCUCGCCCGGGGCCGCAACCUCUGCACCCCACGGUCUGGAACUCCUAAAAAUCCAUUAGGCUCGGCUCUCUUAGAAGCCUCCAGUGUAUGCUGGGAUCAACCUGAACUGACUAGAGCCCAAGGCUUCUGAGGCGCUUUCUGCUCAGGACUGCAUUUCCCAGAGGCCACCGCACCGGAAUUAACGGUUCCACUUCCGGCCUCCAGGGGUUGACGACUUAGCUGGGUAAGGUCUUCACGUCCUAAGAAGAAAUCGGUGGCUAAGGGAGGUCUUCGUGGACUGGGACUCGAAUCUGACCGACCCGGCAGUGCGGUCGUACCAUUAUCCAAAAGAAGGACCGGUAGGAGGAUGAGAGCGUUAUUGCUGCACACUUAAGUCAAGGGGAAGAAGCCCGAGGAAGAUUGACCAAUUUUGUAAUUCUAGAAACAUGGUCCAUGGAUCAGUGACAUUCAGAGAUGUGGCCAUUGACUUCUCUCAGGAGGAGUGGGAGUGCCUGCAGCCUGAUCAGAGGACCUUGUACAGGGACGUGAUGUUGGAGAACUACAGCCACCUGAUCUCACUGGCAGGAAGUUCCAUUUCUAAGCCAGAUGUGAUUACGUUACUAGAGCAAGAGAAAGAGCCCUGGAUUGUUGUAAGGAAAGAAACAAGCAGAUGGUAUCCAGAUUUGGAGUCAAAACAUGGACCUGAAAAAAUAUCUCCAGAAAAUGAUAUUUUUGAAAUAAAUUUACCCAAACGUGUUAUAAAGCAAAUAAGUAAAACACUUGGCCUUGAGGCCUUUUAUUUUAGAAAUGACUCAGAAUAUAGAAGUAGAUUUGAGGGACUACAGGGACAUCAAGAAGGAUAUAUCAAUCAGAAGAUCAUCAGCUAUGAAGAAAUGCCUACUUAUGCUUCUCUUAUUUAUAAUACACAUAAACCCUAUGAAUGUAAGGAAUGUGGGAAACACUUUAGUCGUGGUUCAAAUCUUAUUCAGCAUCAGAGUAUUCAUACUGGAGAGAAAACCUACAAAUGCAAAGAAUGUGGGAAAGCCUUUCAACUUCACAUACAACUUACUCGACAUCAGAAAUUUCAUACUGGUGAGAAACCUUUUGAAUGUAAGGAAUGUGGAAAAGCCUUUAGCCUUUCCACCCAGCUUAAUCGCCAUAAGAACAUUCACACAGGUGAGAAACUGUUUGAAUGUAAGGAAUGUGGGAAGUCCUUUAAUCGUAGCUCAAACCUUACUCAGCAUCAAAGUAUUCAUGCUGGUGUAAAACCACAUCAAUGUAAGGAGUGUGGGAAAGCCUUUAAUCGUGGUUCAAAUCUUAUUCAGCAUCAAAAAAUUCAUUCCAAUGAGAAACCCUUUGUAUGUAGGGAAUGUGGGAUGACCUUUCGAUAUCAUUACCAACUUAUUGAACAUUGCCGAAUUCAUACUGGCGAGAAACCCUUUGAAUGUAAAGAAUGCAGAAAGGCCUUUACUCUUCUGACAAAGCUUGUUCGACAUCAGAAGAUUCAUAUUGGUGAGAAGCCCUUUGAAUGUAGGGAAUGCGGGAAGGCUUUUAGUCUUCUCAAUCAGCUUAAUCGCCAUAAGAACAUUCACACAGGUGAAAAACCAUUUGAAUGUAAAGAAUGUGGGAAGUCCUUUAAUCGUAGUUCAAACCUUAUUCAACAUCAGAGUAUUCAUGCUGGUGUAAAACCAUAUCAAUGUAAGGAGUGUGGGAAAGGCUUUAAUCGUGGUGCAAAUCUUAUUCAGCAUCAAAAAAUUCAUUCCAAUGAGAAACCCUUUGUAUGUAGGGAAUGUGAGAUGGCCUUUAGAUAUCAUUACCAACUUAUUCAACAUUGCCAAAUUCAUACUGGUGGGAAGCCCUUUGAAUGUAAAGAAUGUGGGAAGGCCUUUAGUCUUCUGACACAGCUUGCUCGACAUAAGAACAUUCAUAGUGGUGAGAAACCAUUUGAAUGUAAAGACUGUGGGAAGGCCUUCAAUCGUGGCUCGAAUCUUGUUCAACAUCAGAGUAUUCAUACUGGUGAGAAGCCCUAUGAAUGUAAGGAGUGUGGGAAGACUUUUAGGCUUCACCUACAACUUUCUCAGCAUGAGAAAACUCAUACAGGUGAGAAACCCUUUGAAUGUAAGGAAUGUGGGAAAUUCUUCCGUCGUGGUUCAAAUCUUAAUCAACAUCGAAGUAUUCAUACUGGAAAGAAACCCUUUGAAUGUAAGGAAUGUGGGAAAGCCUUUCGACUUCAUAUGCACCUUAUUCGACAUCAGAAAUUUCAUACUGGUGAGAAGCCCUUUGAAUGUAAGGAAUGUGGCAAGGCCUUCAGUCUUCACACCCAGCUUAAUCGCCAUAAGAACAUUCACACAGGUGAGAAGCCAUUUGAAUGUAAAGAAUGUGGGAAGUCCUUUAAUCGUGUCUCGAACCUUGUUCAACAUCAGAGUAUUCAUGCUGGUGUAAAACCAUAUGAAUGUAAGGAGUGUGGGAAAGUCUUUAAUCGUGGUUCAAACCUUAUUCAGCAUCAGAAAAUUCAUUCCAGUGAGAAACCCUUUGUAUGUAAGGAGUGUAGGAAGACCUUUAGAUAUCAUUACCAGCUUAUUGAACAUUACCAAAUUCAUACUGGUGAGAAACCCUUUGAAUGUAAAGAAUGUGGAAAGGCCUUUAGUCUUCUGACACAGCUUGCUGGACAUCAGAUCAUUCAUAAUGGUGAGAAGCCAUUUAAAUGUAAGGAGUGUGGGAAGGCCUUUAAUCAUGGCUCAAACCUUGUUCAACCUCGGAGUGUUUAUAAUGGUGAGAAACCCUAUGAAUGUAAGGAGUGUGGGAAGGCUUUUAGACUUCACCUACAACUUUCUCUGCAUCAAAAACUUGUACAGGUGAGAAACCCUUUGAAUGUAAGAAAUGUGGGACAGCCUUCAGACAUCAGUAGCAACUUAUUCAACAUCAGAAAAUUCAUACUUGGGUGAAAACCUUUGAAUGUAAGGAAUGUGGGAAGGCCUUUCAAUAUAAUUACCAAUUUCGUGGACAUCAUAGAUUUCAUAUUCGUGAGAACCCUUAUGAAUGUCAAGGAUGUGGAAAAUGCAUUACCAGUGGUAGAAACCUUAGAGUACAUCAGAGAAUUCAUACUGGUAAGAAACCAUAUCAAUGUGAAGAAUGUGGGAAAGCCUUUAGUCAUAGUUCAAACCUAUGAAACAUAUUAAAAUUCAUACUGAUGAGAAACUCUAUGAAUGUAAUGAAUGUGAAAAGGCCUUUAGCAGUAAUUAUGAACUUACUGUACAUCUGAGAAUCCAUACUGCUGAGAAACCCUGUGAGUGUAAAGAAUGUGGAAAACUUUUGGAUUUAGCUUAGUCUUUACUGCACAUCAAAGAAUUCAUACUAGUAUGAACCAUAUGAAUGUAAAGAAUGUGGAAAGACCUUUACUUGUAGCUCAAGCCUUGUUCAACAUGUUAAAAUUCAUACUGGUGAGCGACCCUGUGAAUGUAAAGGAUGUGGGAAGACCCUUAGACUUAGUUCAGUCCUUUCUGCACAUCACAGAAUUCAUACUGGCAUGAAACCCUAUGAAUGUAAAGAAUGUGAGCAAACCCUUACUGUGAAUGAUCUGCUUACUCAACAUCAAAAAAUUCAUAAUAGAAUUUUAAUGAAUAUAAGAAGUAUAGAUAAGCCUUCACUGUGUAUGAAAAAUUUGCCCAACACCAGAGAAUUCAUAUUGAUGAGAAAUCCUGUGAACAUAAAAGAAUGUGUGAUGAACUUUCACUGUGGCCUGGGAUUUGCUCAACAUCAGAGUAUUCAAACUGCUGAGAACUCCUUUGAGUGUAAGGAAUGUGGGAUGUUUUAUAGCCACACUAAAUGACUUAAGAGUUCAAAGGAGGUAAUUUUGGUGAGAAAGUUAUUGAUGUGAGGAAUGUAGAGUAGCUGCCAUGUUCACAGUUUACUGCCCAUGAAAUAUUUUACUGGAUACAGGCAUACUUGCUUAGUUGUGCAUUGCAGUUACUGGAUUUUAUGUACAUUGAAGGUCUGCAGCAACCUUGCAGUGAACAAGUCUAUCAGCACCAUUUUCCAAACAGCAUGUGCACAUUUCAUGUCUUUGUGUCACACUUUGGUAGUUUUCAUAAUAUUUCAAACUUUUUUUAUUGUUAAUAUGUAUUAUGGUGAUCUGUGACCAGUGUUUUUUGAUGUUACUAGUGUAAUUGGGGAUACCAUAAAUCCUGCCCAUAAAAUAUGGUGAACCUAGUUGAUAAUUGUUGCGGGUUUGGAAAGAAUAGUAAAAUAUACACCCAUAUCCCCCCACCUAGAUUCAAAAUUGUUAACAAUUUGCCACAUUUAUUUUUUGUAUAUUUGUUGUACCAUUGAGAAUAAGUUUUAGACCACUGAGAAUAAGUUUUAGACAUCAUGACACUUUACCACUUGUUACAUCAGCAUGUGUGUUACCCAAACAUAAAGACAAUAUCAUAUAACCAUAGUACCAUAAUUACCCUUAAGGAAAAUAUUCAUAAUUCUAUAAUAUCAUUCCAUCUUCAGAUUUCUUCAUUGACUGGCAAACCAUCUUUUACAGCUAUUCAUUUUCUAAGGAGAAUCCAUUGCAGAUUCUGCAUUGCAUUUGGUUAUCUCUCUUUAGUGUAUUGUAGCAUGGAAACCCCAUGAAGGUAUGCUCUCAAAUUAUGGUGGGUAUCAGAAUCACCUGUGGAACUUAGUAAACCUAGAGAAGUGUAGCCCUAGCUUAUAAGCCUGGGCCUCUGUUUUUUAUUAUUUCUCCAGGUUUUGUGACUGUGAUACCAACCAGAGUUAGAGAGCCACUGGUCUAGAACAUUUCUCCUCAUUUAAAACAAAAUACAUUGAUUUGAGUAGGUCAGAAAUGUUGUCGGCUACGUGUUUUGAUUUCUUUCUUUAUAGUGUCAUUUAACCUUGUUCUUGGUUGUAUUUUCUGUACAAGGGAAUGUAAGUCCAGAGGCUUUCUUAGGUCUAGAUUAAACAUUUUGGGGAAGAAUACUUUGUAGGUUAUUUGUAUGUCAUAUUGUACUGUCAGAAAACAUUUACGUACAGGUCCUUGCGUUAGUGAAACUAGGGAUGAUCAUUUGGGUAAGCUGGUAACUGCCAUAAGUCCAUUGUAAAGAUUUGGUUUGUAGUGGGUAAGUAAUCUAUGGAGAGAUAUUGUCAUCUCUGAAAAUUUAUAGUCAUGUCUAUUUAAGCCCUGGAUUGAAUACAAAAUGAAAUUUGAAAUAGACUAUUGAGAAAUGAAUGCCAUUAAAGUGUCAACAUAAUUCAA